AUGUCAAUUCCACGCGCAAUCCGCAAAGCCUUUCUGGCAAUUGAGCAGUCGGAAGGAGCAGGCGCCACAACGAUAACGUAUUUGAUCGAAGGCGCUGUAGACCACGAGGACUUCGCAGGCAACGCCGGGACCAUCGAAUCCGGAGACCUACAAUUCAUGACAGCGGGGAGAGGAAUUGUCCACGCGGAGAUGCCGAAUCAGAAUGCCAAGGCAAACAGAGGUUUGCAGCUAUGGGUUGAUUUGCCGCAAAAGUUGAAGAUGUGCGAACCCAGAUACCGGGACUUGCGGGCGAAGGAGAUACCACAAGUUGACGUCGAUGGGGGCAAGGUCCACGUCAAAGUUAUCAGCGGCCAAAGCCAUGGCAUCGACAGCGUGAAGGAUUUGGCAUAUACACCUGUCUGGAUUUUCGAUAUCGAGAUCAAACCAGGCGGAAAAAUCACACAACCGCUGCCUGUAGGAUGGAACGCUUUUGCGUACAUCUUAAGUGGCCGUGCGGCAUUUGGAGUCGGCAAGCAGAAGACCUUCGUGGACCAGUACCAUAAUGUCGUAUUUGAACAGGAGGGAGACGAGGUGAUCGUCGAAGUGGAUGAGAGCGCCAAGGAGAAUAGUCGAUUAAGAGGCUCUCGCUCCGAGGCUCCAGGCGGGAAAAAAACUGGAACCUAA